ACUACAAUAAUGGCCGACCAGGAGGCCAGCUACCCGGCCCGGCACUCAGACGAGGCAGAUAAUUCUAAUUCUCAAUUCCCAGAUCCCUCGGAACAGUUACCAGAUGACUACGGAGAAGAUGGCAAAGGUGAGCAGGACAUCACCGGCAAUGGAGAAAUCUACGAAAUUGAAAAUGAAGACCAUAUUGCUAUCGAAAGAAAUAUGGAAUUUUCCAGAGAAGGCUACGAUCAUGUGGAAUCAGAAGAAAACAAUGAAGAAAAAGAGGAGAGACAAUAUGAUGGUCAAGAAAAUGAAGAUGAUGAUGAUGAUGAAAGUGAUGAUGAUGUUCAGAUCACAAUUGGUGAUAUUAAAUCUGGCCCAGCAGCGUAUGCUGGUUUUAAUGUAAAAAGAGGAGCAGCCGGAACAGCAGCUCAAGGAAUGGGGGAAAAGAGCAAAUUCACUGUAGAUGAAUUUGACGGUUCAAUGGCUAUUAAUGGAGUUCCCGCACAUGAAUUCAGUUUAGACUCGUUGGAAGACAAACCUUGGAGGAAACCUGGUGCCGACAUCACUGAUUAUUUUAAUUACGGUUUCAAUGAAUUAACGUGGCAAGCAUAUUGUGAAAGACAAAGGCGAUCACGAAUGGAAUCUGGAGCCGGUGUUCCAGCUAGUCUUGGAUUAGGCCCCCCUCCAAAGAUGAUGGCUGCUCCUGCCCAAGCGAUACCAAUAUCAGUGGUUAAUGAAAAUUCGAAAUACGCAGGGUCAGUCGUUGUGAAAAAAGCUGGCCCUCCACCAGCACGCAAAAUGGCCGGCGCUAUUGAUGUUAUUGGCGGCGGGAAUCUUUCGUCCCGUCGUCCAGAAUCAGGAGUUUCUCCUGCGCCAUCGAUGGAAGAGCAACCGGAAGUAGUGCCUGAACCUCCUAUCGAAAAGCCACCGGUGUCAAUAGAUUUUUCACGUCCACCUCCCGGUUUUCCAAAUAUGGCCCUACCUCCGCCAUUUGGUAUGCCACCACCGGUGAUUCCACCACCAAUGAUGUUACCACCGCCACCUAUAGUACCUGAUCCUUAUGCCAACGAAUUUAUGGCUGGUCCGGGGGCACCCGGCGAUGACUAUUACCAAUACGAACCCACGCAGGAUUCGCAGUGGGGCUCUUCAGAUUGGCGAGGACCACCACCCAUGGGAAUACCACUUCCAAUGGGCAUGAACCCACCAGCAAAGCAACGGAGAGAGAGCCUAGGAACCCCUCCUGUUCCUGGAGAAGAAUCUCGCCUAAACACCAGUAGCAGUCGAAGACGACGUUCACGCAGCCGUUCUCCUAAAGACGAACGCGAAAAAGAAAAAGAAGUUGAAAAGGAUCGGGGCAAAGAGAGAGACAGAGAUAGAGAUCGUGAUAGAGAUCGAGAUCGCGACAAAAGGGAACGUCGAUCGGACAAAGAUAAAGAUCGUUCUAGUGGCCGUGAUCGUGAAAGAGAUCGCGAUCGUGAUCGCAGUGAUAGAGAUCGUAGUGAUCGUAGACGUCGACAUCGUGGCAGCAAAAGUCGGAGUAGGAGUCCCACCUCCCACAAACGUUCGUCCAAGCGAUCGAAAAGAGAAAGAAGUAAAAGCAAAAGCUCGUCGGAUUGAUUU